CCCACGGUGUAUCUGAUUGUACUUCAGACCCGAGUACUGGUUCUGCUUUAUCACACUGGGUCGAGCAAAGGUCGCAGAGGAAAUUGCAGAACUAAUUUAUGACCACCCACACUGAUUGAACAGACGUUUCACACUGGUCGACUAUGACAAGGCUGUUUGACUGAGCUUCAGAUGGCUGAUCUGCUGAUUCAAUGAUUCGGAUUUGAGCCCUGGACAGGCCGCCGGUCCAUCACAGACAGAUACGGUCUUUCGAACCUUCAUCCCGGGGGUUUUACGUGGGUCCAACAGAGGGCGCUGUUCGCCUUCUCUCCUCGAAGCGAAGCGAAGCGAAGCGUCGUCGACGCGGAACUCUGUGUUUACCUCCCCGCUGCGCCCUUUGUUCGCCUGGACCUCGAGGCGCAGAAGCGGAGGACGAUGUGCGCCGUGCAGCUGCUGCGGGUGUCGGUCCAUGAGCGGAUCAGCGCCGCCGCCGAAGACUUUCUGCUGCAGGUGGAGAAAGGGGAGGUAGCGGCGGAACUCCCGGCGCUGAGAGCGCUUCUCACCGAGCGGCUGACGGCGGCUGCAGAGGAGAUAGUCGGUCUGUUCGAGGAAGCCGUGGCGAAGUAUGAAGACAGAGUGGAGCGGUCCGAGCGGGAGGUGUGCCGCCAGAGGAGGCUGCUGGACGCCGUGUUGAAGCCCGAGGUCCGGCUGCACAGGGCAGAGCCGCCGCAGCUGUUGGACUUGGACCACACCAGCCCCCAGUCACCAGAUUCUGUAGGCCAAAACCAGAUUGAAUGUGAUACUUCCUGCCAACUGUCCCCUCAGUCAGCCUCCCCCACUAAAUUUUUGCCCCCCUCCCCAGGCAGCAUGGCCGUUCCCAGUGACAAUGACCCAGACAGCGACUGGACUGAACAAAGUCCACUAAGGAAGAGGAAGCGAGGCCGACCGUGUCGAGGCAUUACAGACGGUCGAGUCCAGAAACGAAAAAAAAAGACUGCAGUUCAGAAUUUUAUCUGCCAAGUGUGUGGACGCACUCUGCAUGGAAAAGGCUUCCUGCUCAAACACGUCCUGCAGAUCUGCAUCAAAAACCCAGAUCAUCGCUGUGGCUUCUGCGGUGAACAUUCUGAUUCAGCUGAAGAUCUGGUGGCUCAUCUGCAAACUCACCAGAAAUGGAGCAAAACCUGCUCUUUCUGUGGGAAGACCUUCCAGUCGAUCCUGGCACAGGAGCUGCAUGUCCGGCUGCACACCGGGGAGAAACCAUACAGCUGCGAUGUCUGUGGCAAGAAGUUCAGCCAGAAAGGAAACCUACAGUCACACAUGCGUGUCCAUGUUGCAGAGAAACCCUUUAAAUGUAAGGAGUGUAGCCGGGCCUUUUGUCACAUGUCAUCCUUAGAGCGACACCUACAGGAGCACUGCGGCCAGGUGCCUCACACCUGCAAUGUCUGUGGUGAGGAGUUCAAGAAACGGCACAGCCUGCAACGACACAUUGCAGCUCAUAAGGACAACACCCACAUACCCAAGAGAUACCCCUCAGCAAAGACCUACGACUGCAAGGUGUGUGGGGACAACUUUGACAGGAGGAUAUUCUUAGUCAAACAUGUGGAAAGUCACAUGCAGAAUCCAGAAUGCCGCUGUGGACUCUGCGGACACCAGUACGACUCCACUAGCAAACUUACUGCCCACAUGCACUCCCACCGUGAUGUCAGCAACACUUGUGACAUCUGCGGGAAAAGCUUCCCGGCUCAUGCAGCACUGCAGAUGCACAUGAGAAUACACACUGGGGAGAAACCAUACACCUGCAGUUUUUGUGGAAAAGCAUUUAACCAGGGCGGGAACCUAAAGACACACCUGAAAAUCCACACAGGUGAGCGGGCGUUCUCCUGCAGCCUCUGUGGGAAGGGCUUCACUCAGAAACAAACUCUAGACACCCAUGUCCGUUUCCACAACAAGGAGCGGCGCUUCCUGUGUCAGGUCUGUGGGAAAGGUUUCAUGCAGGACGUGGAUUUGAAAAGACACAUUCUGAUUCACACUGGAGAGAAACCGUAUAGGUGCAGGGUCUGUGGAAAGAGCUUCCAGGCCAAACGCUCACUUAAUGGACACCUCAAAGUCCACACAGCUGGAGGGGAUGAGACCAGACCGGAGCCGGGACAAGAGUCAGCUAAGCAGAGGAUGGACUCAAGUUUCUAUUCAAGAUUUGUCCAACUGUAGUGGACCUGGCUGGAACCUUUCACAACCUCAAACCCAUUAUUGUUUAAAGAAUCUGCUGCUGCUUUAACAGUUUACACUUAAGCAACCCAAGUAACAAACACAUUAUGGUUGUUGUCUAUGUAGUGACUGAAAAUAUAGUCCUUGCUGUCAAACACAGGUGGUUCUGAUCCAGAAUUGGUAAAAGAAAACAAACAAUGCAACAUAUUUUAUUCUUGAUUCUGAGGGAAGUCACAAGGAACCAGCCUUCGGUACCAAGUCAGUACUAACACCUGGAAACAUGUUUAUGGUUUCUGCAGUAGUUUCACAAUGACAUGUGGGAUGGAGCAGGCACAGCAGCAGGUCAGACGAACAGCCACAAACUCUACAGCUCCAGUUUGGAGAUAUUUAUUGUUUUGGUUGAUGUUCAGAAGCCACUGGCCUGGCAGCUCGGUAGGUAGCGUGUCAGUCUGGGAAGCAGAAGGCACCAGGUGUGCCCUUGAGCAAGACACUUAAAUCCAGCUCCCUGGGCUUUGCACUGUGGCUGCCCACCGCUCCCUCCAGGAGAGGGGGCAAAUGCAGACAUAAAUUUCCUGCACUGCCGGGGUCAAUAAAGCUUUAAUCAUUACCAUUAUUACGAAUCAGAACAAAGUCAUGUCUCAGAGCUUUUAGGCCACAUAACAGAAAGCCUCUUGAAGCCCAGUUCACUGCCAAAACCUGAGCAGGAGGUGACUCAUCGAAUGUAGGUGUGAAAGGUUCUGUUUGCGCAUGUUGCCUGUGAAGGAAUGGAGACCUGUCCAGUCAGGUGGUUCUGUAGAAGUAAAAGGCUCAGUGGAUGUAGGAGAAUAAAGUCUGGUUCUGACUAAUCCACUGGUUUUGCUACACACAGGUUUUCUUUAGAUUUUAGAGAGGUACAGAGAUAGAAACGCGCAGAUUGUCAUUUGUUUCACUGACAUUAAAUAAAGCAGAGCCUCUGAAUGAG